AUUGAAAAGUGUCUGGGUUUGGUUGGUUUGAAAAAACCUUCCACCUCACCAACCCAUUACUAUCGUGUGCCAACCAACCAACAACAUUUUACAAUUCAUUUCUCACCAACCACGUUUUUCAAUUCACUUCUCACCAACUACCUCUUAUUCAAAUCCUCUCAACUCUACCUUUAGGAUUUGCUGAGAGAAUUAACAUCGAGAGCUGCUAUUUUCUGCUCAACAAUGGGAGGGGAGAGCAACAAGGUCUUCACUUUAGCUGAGGUUUCUCAGCACAAUAAUGCCAAAGAUUGUUGGCUUGUCAUUCAUGGCAAGGUUUAUAAUGUGACGAAGUUCUUGGAGGACCACCCUGGUGGUGAUGAUGUCCUCUUGUCUUCCACAGGGAAGGAUGCAAGUAAUGAUUUUGAUGAUAUUGGUCACAGCACCAGUGCCGUAGCCAUGAUGGAUGAGUUCUAUGUUGGAGACAUUGAUACAUCAUCCAUCCCCAGCAAGGUGGCGUACACUCCUCCCAACCAACCUAAGUAUAACCAGGACAAGACACCAGAGUUCAUCAUCAGGAUCCUCCAGUUUCUAGUUCCCUUGCUUAUCUUGGGUUUGGCAGUUGGUAUUCAUUUCUACACCAAAUCAAAAUAAUCAUAUCCAUCAAUGCCUUUGCAAUAAUGUGUUUCUGCAGCAAUGACGAGGGGAUGUGGGAUAUCAAUUGUGCUGGUUUCCCUUUUCAAUGUAAUCCGUUGUUAAAUAUCCACCGUCUUUCUGUCAUUAGUUUUCUAAAGGAGUAUUGUAUGUUCAGCCAUUCAAACUUCUAAAUUUUUUGGUGAUUCUCAAACUUGCUUUUUGAAGAAAAAAAUGUUAUAAUUAAGUUCCAUUUUCAUCAUAAACUUGUGGCCGUAAUGAAAGUACGAAUCUUCUUUUC